UUCUUAGUAAAAUUUUAAUAUAUAGGCAUGCUGCCGUUGCCCCUGACUCUGAGUGUAUACAAUGUUUGGUAGUUCAAGUGCCAAAGGAGGAAUUUCCUCACUCCUGAGAUGCAGGGGAGUUUCCAAGGCCAAGAAGCGAACCAUUGUUGUUGGUCUCAAAUCUGAUAACAGCAGCAGAGAAAUGCUGCUUGGUUUGCUCAAUUUAGUCGUAAUGCCCGGGGACUAUGUUCUGUCAGUUCAUGCACAAGAACCAAAUGAUAUGUUUGAUCCAAAUACUUUUCACAUUCACGAGGAUUUAUGCAAAUCCAAGCAGGUGGAUUUUCAAAUCAAGGUUUGCAUAGGAGAGACGUACAUAACUGAGUUGAGUAAUCAAGUACGUAUAAACUUCGCUACAAUGCUUGCCGUAGGAUGCAGCAGUUCCUGGCCAAGUGAUCAGAUUGCUGGAAAACUUUUGAAAGAAUUGCCUCCUACUUGCUCCCUUCUAGUAAUGGAUAAUGGAGGUAAAAUCCUACUCCAGAGGCCGGGGACUUCCCAAGAAGGCGCUCCAAUAAAAGUUUUUCAAUCAUCCAAGUCCUCUCUGUCAGUGUCCAGCAGCUCUACGCAGUCAAGAGACAAGUAUCAGCUUCAAAAAUCUUUGUCAAUGACAUGUUCUUCAACGAUAACUUUAUCACAGCCGACUAAAAAUGCAACUUUUCCUAGAAUCAAGAAGCUCAAUAAUGCUGCAGCCAAGAGUCUGUUUCAGAGAAUAGCUUGCUUAGAAUCAAUGGGUUAUGCCAGACGCUUCACAAUGGAUGAACUUAGCUUUGCAACAGACAACUUCAGUCCCAAUCUGUUGACUGGAGUGGGUGGAUAUAGUCAAGUCUAUCGAGCCAAUCUCGAGAAUGGCCAGCUUGCAGCAGUGAAGGUCCUUAAAAACACACAAUACGCCGAGGAUGAUCUUUUUCAGGAAGUUGAAAUAUUGAGUAAUCUGAAACACGAGAACUUAAUUCAGCUUGUUGGUUACAGUUACAGUAAUGAUAUGCAAGCAAUCGUGUAUAAUCUACUGAAGGACAGUCUGAAACAAAGACUAAAACAGCUUAACUGGAACACAAGGAUGCAAGUUGCGAUAGGAGUGGCAAGGGGAUUGGAAUACCUCCAUUCUCAAACCCCUCCUAUCGUUCACAGAGAUGUGAAAUCAUCAAAUAUUCUCUUAUCUGAAGAUUGCCACCCACAACUAUCAGAUUUUGGAGCAGCAGUGGUACACCAGGUAACUCAGCAAGAUUCAGCUUGUGUGAAACCAAUUCACGUUGUUGGGACAUUUGGAUACCUGGCACCUGAGUACAUCAUGUAUGGCAAAGUUGAUGAGAAGAUAGAUGUAUACUCUUAUGGGGUGGUCCUGCUGGAAUUGAUCACAGGGAAACGGGCCAUCGAAAACGACCUGGAAGCUCAUCAUGAAAGCUUAGUGUUGUGGGCAAGGUCUCUUCUCAGUUGUGGUCUUAGUGACCGUCUUGUUGAUCCUGACAUAAAUGAAAACUACAACAAAGACGAGAUGAAAACAAUGAUGUUUGCAGCACGGCUCUGCCUCUUGCAUUCAUCUUCAAGGAGGCCAAAAAUGAAAACAAUCCUACGUUUGUUUGAGGAGCCAGAGCACUGGUUAGAGCUGCAGAGAAAGAGAGAAGAGCUUCUUGAUGGGAUUGGUUCAGAAGAAGAAACUUGCUUGUGCAGGUAUUACGGAUCAGAUUCAGAUGAGGGCAUGUUCAUAGAGGAUAACUGAUCACAUUAUCUUGAGUUUUCAUGAUAUAUUGUAACACUAACCAAGAUGAUCAGCACUGUUGAGGCCAUUACUGAACCUUCCAGUUGGCCUUGAGUUGACAAAAUCAAUGCCAUUAUGAGGAAAGUUAGCUGUUACAUUUCAGUCAGGAAUGUAAGAAUUAGUUCCAACAUCUGCUGUUGAAUCCCCUAGUAUGAAAAUAGGAGGUCGCGUUGAGCGCAGUACAUCAGCUUUGACUAAGUUGGGACCAAAUAUUGAUAGAGCCAGAAGAAUAAGAAGAGAGAAAGGACACAUCUUUUCCAUGGCGAAAAAACGAGGUUGGUUUAGUGUACUUCCCUUCUCUCCUCUCUUCAUUCUUGGUAUGUUUGAUUAGUUAUACAUACCUUUGCAGUAUUUCCUGAAUGAGAGGGGGUAAUUUAUAGAUUAUUCAAUUGAGCAUCAACGAAUUAUGCGUUUAAAUUCCAAAGCAGAAGAAGACACUGAAUACCAGCUAACCAAGCUGGGGCGGAUUGCCCCGUAGUUGGUUUGUUUAUUUCUCAAAUAUAGCCUCAGACCGGCUUUACUUGUGGUGAUAAUCACACUGUUUAGAAUUAAUUAUUUAAUAUUUUGAUGAAACAAUCAAUAUGCUUUUUUGGGAUGCUUAUUUUUUCAACUUGGAUUAUUAGUCUUAUUAUUGUUGUCUUGAGAAAAUUUCUAUUACUGCUAUAUGGAAGUGAAUUGAAAAGUUCUUGUUACUCCGGGGGAAGCAAGUGAGAAAUGUCUUUAUAUGCUUGUUUUUAUUGUUGGCCUUAUUCUACAUUGGAGAUGAUUACUAUUUUGGCCUGAUGAUGUUAUCAAUUAAUUAUAUUUGUAACAGUAAACCAUGCCUCUUAACAGGGAAAACAUGAUGUGUAAACUCUAUGAGACUUAUUAUUUGUAAUUGGGGAACUUUAAACAACAUUAUACAUAAUUAGUGACUUAAUACAAACACCAAUGCUAGAUACAUGCCUAAAUUCUAAAAAGCAAUAAUACGAAU